UCAGCUGACUCCUCCCGGCCAAUGGGUGGGCGCUAAUGGCGGAGCUGCCCGGCUCGCGCUCGCUCGCUGCAGCCUCGGGCCCGGCCUCGCGCUCUCGCCGUUCCCUCGCUCAGAGCGCUCCCCGGCCCGGCCUGGCCUGGCUCCCAGUGCCGCAUACCGCCUACUGAAGUGCAGAAUAACAUUGUUCUCCAAUGGAUGUCUCGGAUAGUCCUGAUCGUGACCCUCAUUCCCCUGAGGACCAACUCUCUGAAGAUGAUCUAUUGCUUGAGGGUGGGCAUGAAAACGAUGAUGAAGAGGACAUAAGCAAACGUUCAGACAAUGAUGGAGAAUGCAUUGAUUCUGAGGAUAACGACCAUUGCAGUGAUGCUGAGAAUCAUAGUAUUGGUGAACUUGAGAAUGAGGGGAGUCGGGACAAUGGGGAAACCCAUGAAUCAGAGGCAGAAGAGGAGGAGGAAAAGUUGAGAGAAGAAGGAGAUUACAGUGAAGAAAGUGGAAGUGAGGAGCCAUCUAAAGACUUGGAUGCAGGAUUUGAUCACGACAAUGUUGCAAGCCCAAAAAGAACUUCCAAUACUGAGCAAACUGAUAAAGCUGUUUCUGAGAAACAGGAUUCCCAAAUUGAUGAGGAGACUGCAAAUGAUUCCAAGGACGAAGCAUCUUCUGUCAUCAGGGACUUGGAUGAACAUGAGCUGGACUACGAUGAGGAGGUCCCUGAAGAACAGCCAGGGGCUGUGACAGAAGACAGUGAAAAACAAAGCACGGAAGAGAAAAGUAGUGACUCUCCAAAGGAGGGUGAAAUGGAGAAAAGUCAACUUGAAGAGAGAAAGUCUGAAAGAGACAGAAAAGAUUCAUUUCGUGAGAGAAAAAAGGAUGAAGACGAUGGGGAGCUUGAUGAAGGAGAAGUUGAGGAUGACGAUCUUGAGGAAGGUGAAGUGAAAGAUCCCAAUGAAAGAAAAGUCCGACCAAAGCCUAUCUGCAGAUUCUACAUAAAAGGUAACUGCACGUGGGGAAAUAAUUGUCGAUUUAUUCAUCCAGGAAUAAAUGACAAAGGAAAUUAUUCACUGAUAGCCAAACCAGAUCCUUUUUCACCAAAUGGAGGACAUCACCUGGGACCCCAUCCAUUAAUGCAGGCCAACCCUUGGGAAACACAUGUUUUGGGUGCUCCAGUGAUUGAUGAAUUGAUGCCACCCAUUCCCUUGGAACCUCCAGCAGAGAGUGCAUGGGAAAGAGGCUUACGACAUGCAAAAGAGCUCCUGAACUGUAUCAUGGAUAUGGUGGAGAAAACUCGGCACUCCCUGAUGGUGCUGCGUCGUUGCCAGGAAGCUGAUCGGGUAGAACUUCAUCACUGGAUCUGUUGCUAUAGAAAUGCUGAUGAUAUGAGAACGGGAGUACAUGGACAGAUUCCACAGGGACAGGGUUAUAUACAGGAAGAGAUUUGGAAAAAGGCUGAAGAGGCAGUGAAUGAGGUAAAGCGACAGGCAAUGACAGAGCUGAAGAAAGCCGUAUUGGAAGCAGAACACACGGCCCACAAAAUGGUCACUGCUGAGCGAGUGAAGAUGGAGUGUGCUCUGACUGAGACAAAGCAACAAGCCUCUGAGGCUAUCCAGUCUACCAGCAGGCAGCAAGAGGCUUCCAGUGAGGGUUUUUGGAAUUCUGGUCGGAAGGCAAGUGAAACCUACAGUGGCUGCAACGUGGCACGUUACUGUGACUCCUUCUGUCAGCACAAGCACUGGGAGAAGCAUCACCGUAUCUGUGGGCACAACGUUCAGCAUCUGCAAUCAAUCAAGACUGCAGGCAAUAGCCACAACGCUGUAACUCCCUCCCCGUCUCCGUCAGUAACCUCAGGCAGGGACAACGCUGUGAGUCCUUCCCUAUCUCCCUCAGUAACCUCAGGCAGGGACAACGCUGUGACUCCCUCCCCAUCUCCCUCAGUAACCUCAGGCAGGGACAACGCUGUGACUCCCUCCCCAUCUCCCUCAGUAACCUCAGGCAGGGACAACACUGUGACUCCCUCUCUGUCUCCCUCAGUAACCUCAGGCAGGGACAACCCUGUAACUCCCUCCCCAUCUCCCUCAGCAACCUCAGGAAGGGACAACCCUGUAACUCCCUUCACAUCUCCCUCAGUAACACCCAGCAGUGACAACCCUGUGAGUCCCUCCCCAUCUCCCUCGGUAACUUCAGGCAGGGAAAACCCUGUAACUCCAUCCCCAUCUUCUUCGGUAACUUCAGGCAGGGACAACCCUGUAACUCCCUCCCCAUCUCCCUCAGCAACCUCAGGUAAGGACAACCCUGUGAGUCCCUCCCCUUCCACCUUCCCUGCAGUAACCUCAGGUAAGGACAACCCUGUGAGUCCCUCCCUUUCCACCUUCCCUGCAGUAACCUCAGGCAGGGACAACCCUGUAACUUCCUUCACAUCUCCCUUAGUAACCUCAGGCAGGGACAACCCUGUCAGUCCCUCCCCUUCCACCUUCCCUGCAGUAACCUCAGGUAAGGACAACACUGCCUCCCCCUGGGCCAGCUCCAGCCAGCAGAUCCACCCAGAAGCUGUUGCCAGCGGCAGCGACACUGGAUCUACAAAUACCUCUUCUGUCUCUCCUCCCAUCCCAAUCCCUGUUGAAACUGCUUCCUUCUAACAUACAACUUUGCAGCUACCCAAAUGAACUUUUAACUUCAGAGUGAGAUUGUCACUUGUUCAUCCUCAAUGUUUCUGGAAUCUCAUUUGAUCCAAAUGGGACAGAGAAAUUAGUCUGAAUUUUUAAAUUCAUUUUUGGUUAUUUACCAAAUGUUCUCUGUUUUGGAGUGUGAAGGGUUCUGAACUUUAGCGAAACUUAUAAUCCCAGUGCAAAAACAAAUUAACCUUCAGCAAGAUCCCACAAAUAUUAUUGAAGAAACUUUUAACGUGGAAUGUCUUGUGCGUGCUUUAAGAAAUCACAAAUACUCACUUGGCCACCCCUUUCUCUCAGACUCUCUGUCCUUGAACACUGUAAUAUUCCAAGGAAUUCAUACUUCCAUGCUGUGAACAUGUAGUCAACGUAAAAGCUCUCACAGCUGGACACAGUACAGGUAGUUCUGUUAUAAUGUGUGUUUCUUUAACGCAAACUUUCUGCUGUACAGGUAUAGUGAUUUUCUAUAGCGUGAGGUCAUGUAAGAGUGCAACUAUUGCUUUAUAGGAGAACUACCUAUACUGGCUUUCAGACAUAUUUAAUCUCACAUACACACUCCCUAUACCUGCUCAAACUCAAAGGUGUGUUCACACUCCCUUGCUGGCCUGCGGGAAAAUACCAGAUACAUCCCAGCUCCAAAGUAAACCCCACGAAAAACGUCCUAUCUCAUACCCGUGUUGCGAUACCAAACGUGAAGCCAGCAGAACUCACUGAGCAAAUAUGGAGACCUUCAGCCAUGCAGUUCCUGACAAACACAAGUUCCACAUGGAGCAGUACUGACCAACCUUCUGGUAUUACAGCUGUGACUAGUUAGACUUGGGAAUAUCAGAUAUCCUAAAGACCCACUUACAACAAAGCCAGUCAGAUUGAGUAUGUGAUGGAUUCACUCCCAUAGACCUCCGUGCCCUUAAGCACCUGUUGAGAAAAAGAUACUGUUUUUUGCUUUGUGGAGACAGAAACAUAAAGAUGAAUAAAUGUGACAAUUGUGAAAAUUUUAAAAUCUUUUUAAGCAUGGCUGAAAUUUUGACUUGCUGAAAAUUCUAAUUCUGUACCACCCUUCAACCUUUAGUCUCACUGUAUUCUGCCUGAAAAUUCCCAAGGAAAGAUUUUGAUGCCAAGAGACUUGUUUUUCUCAUGAUGGCUCAAUGUGAUUCUCUGUUGUUCAGGUAUUUUAUCAAACCUGCAAUUGUUUUAUUCCCUGUGCGGACUGAAUUCAUACCUCCCAUCACCAAUGGUUACCCUACCUGCCCCUGUCUCUGAGCUGUUGAUAAUAGACAAAAUAAAGUAGGAGAACUUUCUGCAUUAGCUAGAUGUUUGCCUUUAAUACCUCAGAGAUUCAGCAGAUCUUCUGACCUCAGAAAGGCUGCACCAUCACUUACAUCGAUCAGCUUGCCCAUUCAGUGUGCGUGUUAAAAACAGAAAUUGCUGCAGAAACUCAGUAGGUCUGGCAGCAAUUGUGAAGUAAAAAAACAGAUGGCCGAUGGAAUGUUUGAAUACAGUGACUCUGGAUGCUGACAAUAUAGGCAGGAACUGGGAAAUAUAGAUUGGGGGUGGUUAAUUGGAGGUAAAUCCACGUCUGGCAUAUGGGAAUCUUUUAAAAAUCAAUUGAUCAGAGUUCAGGAUCAGCAUGUUCCUGUGAAAAUGAAGCAUAAGGAUGGCAAGAUUCAGGAAACUUGAAUGACGAGAAAUUGUGAGCUUAGUUAAAAAGAAAAAGGUUUAGGAAACUGAACACAGAUAGAGCCCUCAAAGAGAAAUACAAAGAAAGCAGGAAAGAACUCAAACAAGGAAUUUGGAGUUCUAAAAAGGGCCAUGAAAUGUCUUUGUCAAACAGGAUUAAGGAAAAUCCCAAGGUGUUUUAUACACAUAUAAGGAGCAAAUGGGCAAUUAGGAAAAGGGUAGGUCCACUCGAGGACAAAGGAGGGAAUUUAUGUAUGGAGGCGGAGAAGGUGAGCAAGGUCUUCAAUGAAUACUUUGCAUCAGUAUUCACCAAGGAGAAGGACAUGGUGGAUGAUAAGUCUCAGGAGGGGUAUGUUGAUAUUCUAGGGCAUAUAAAUACAGGAGGUGUUGGAUGUUUUGAAAAGCUAGGGUAUUCAAUUCCCAAGGACCAUAUGGGAUCUAUCCCAGAAUGCUGAGGGAGGCAGGUGAGGGAAUUGCUGGGGCCUUGUACGAAAUCUUUGAAUCGUCUUCAGUUACAGGAGAGGUCCCAGAGGACUGGAAAAUAAACAAUGUUGUUCCUUUGUUUAAGAAAGGCAACCCAUGUAUAAUCCAGGAAAUUACAGGCCAGUGAGCCUUAUGUCAGUAGUAGGGAAAUUAUUGGAGAAGAUUCUUAGGGACAGGAUUUACUCAAUUUGGAAAAACACGGACAUAUUAGAAAUAGGCAGCAUGGCUUUGUGCAGAGAAGUUUGUGACUCACAAAUUUGAUUGAAUUUUUUCAGGAAGUGACAAAUAUGACAGAUGAGG